CGGUUCUGAGCCCGUAUCCCUCAGCGGGGCUGGACGGGAUGGCCCUGGCAGGGAGUCCCCAGGCAGCGUCAGGGUCUACCGUACACCUGGCUCCUCAGCACCUGACAGCCAAAGUGGGUGUCUGGAAGGUUUGCUGAUCAAAUGAAUGACCUCGUUUAAUCAGCCCUGCACCUGCUCUGGUCUGAGGGGGGCAGCGGUCAUGGACGCGCGCUGAGGGGCCUCGGUGGGCGGCAGGGUGAGGGAGUCACCUUCCCCAGGAGCAGGCGUGGUGCGGACUGUGGAUGGCAAGAGUGUGUGGCGGGAACAGAGGGCCUGUGUGGGGCGAGAUAAUAUAGUGAGCUGCAGAUAAAAGGGUGCUGGCUAAGGCAGUGCUGGAGGGCCAGGCAGUAGACCGGCGCUAAUAGAAUUUUUGUGAUAAUGGAAAUGUCCUAUAUGUGCACUGUCCGGCAUGGUAGCUGCAUGUGGCCAUUGAACCCUUGCAAUGUGGCUAAUACAAUUGAGGAAUUGAAUUUUUAAUUUUUUAAAACUUUAAUUGGUUCAAAUGUAUAGCCACAUGUGGCUAGUGGCUACUGUAUUGGACAGCAUAGCUCUAGAUCACAAAGCCAGCACCAGGGAAUUAGGGCCAGUUCUGGAGCAGCUGCACCAUCUACGUGGUAUGUGAAGGAUGGACAGCAGUAAGAAGUCCAGUAGGGUCUGUGAUGAGGACUGGGCAAGGGUGGUGCCGGGAGAGGGUAGAAGGCUAUAUGUGUGUAAGUGGGAACAAGAAAACUCGCAGGCCUAUGGACCAGGGAUAGGAGGAUCCUGGGGCUGAGGAUGGAGGCUCCAGCCCUAGGGGUGUCACAGGGACUUGUGGCGGGAGAUGAUAUCAAGCCCCCUGGUAGUGGAAUGCUCUUGGGGGAAUGUGGUGUAGGGUUCUUUGAAUAUAAGUUGGACCCAGUGUGGCUUACUGCUGAGAUGAAUACAGGGCCACCUUACUUUGGACACUUUGGUCUGACUUCCCCAGGGUUGAGGCAUUUAGUUGUGGUUCAACAAACAUAUAUCUGGCCCUUGUUCUUUGUCGAGCCUUGUCUGGGCACUGGAACACAGAGGACAACAAGACAUGGUCCCUGUCACAUGGUCUUAGGCCUAGUGCCCAGGGAUACUAACCAUCCUCCCCUGUAUAGAAAGCCAGGAGCCAUACUUUCCUCUGCCCUCGGUUGGUAUGUGUGUGACUGUGCGUGCACCUAUCCUCACCUGCCCCCAGGCCUUCCUGCUGUCCCAGGAUUGGGGUCAGGUGUGGGGGCCCAUGGCUGGCUUCAUGCAGAUGGGCUCUGCCUCUGGCUCAGCCCCCAGGACUACUGAGAGAUGAAGGAUGGCAUCCAAGGGGACCGGAAUGUCUUUCUCCCACAAAAGCUAUAGGCUGACCUCAGACCCCGAGAAAGCCAAGGUCACAGGUAUCGUAGAGGAGAAGCUGCUGAAUGACUAUCUGCACCGCAUCUUUUCCUCUCCUGAUCAUGCAUCCCCUGCAGCCACCAGCAGGAAACUCCUGAAUUUCCAGAACCUGCCAGAGCAUUUGGACCAGCUGCUACAGGUGGACAGUGAGGAUGAGGAAAGCCAGGGACAAGACGAAGGGCGGCUUGGCCCAUCCAUUGUGGUCCUGGACCACACAGGAGGCUUUGAAGGCCUUCUCUUGGUUGAUGAUGACCUCCUAGGGGUGAUUGGACACAGCAACUUUGGAACUAUCCGUUCCACCACAUGCGUUUACAAAGGAAAAUGGGUCUACGAGGUGCUCAUCUCCUCCCAGGGGCUCAUGCAGAUUGGCUGGUGCACCAUCAACUGCCGCUUCAAUCAGGAGGAGGGGGUUGGAGAUACACACAAUUCCUACGCCUACGAUGGCAACCGGGUACGCAAGUGGAACGUGACUACGACAAAUUAUGGCAAGGCAUGGGCGGCGGGGGACAUCGUGAGUUGCCUGAUUGACCUGGAUGAUGGCACUCUAUCCUUCUGCCUGAAUGGUGUGUCACUGGGCACUGCAUUUGAGAACCUAUCCAGGGGCCUGGGCAUGGCCUACUUCCCAGCCAUCAGCCUCUCCUUCAAGGAGUCUGUGGCCUUCAACUUCGGCAGCCGCCCCUUGCGCUACCCAGUGGCGGGCUACCGGCCCCUGCAGGACCCACCGAGGGCCGACCUGGUACGGGCACAGAGGUUGCUUGGCUGCUUCCGGGCAGUGCUUAGCAUGGAGCUGGACCCUGUGGAAGGACGGCUAGUGGAGAAGGAGAACUCCGAGUGGCAGUUGCAGGGCCAGCCCACCAUCCUCCUGACGCUGGCCCACAUCUUCCACCACUUUGCACCCCUUCUGCGCAUGGUGUACCUGGUGGAGGCUGUGCUCAUGAACUUCCUGCUGGGCGUUGUGGAGGCAGGCACACCUGCAAAGGCACAGUUGGUGGUGCACCAGGUCCUCGACCUCCUGUGGCUCUUCAUGGAGGACUAUGAGGUACAGGAUUGCCUCAAGCAGUUGAUGAUGUCCCUGCUACGGCUGUACCGGUUCUCACCCAUUGUUCCAGACCUGGGGCUGCAGAUCCACUACCUGCGGCUCACUAUCGCCAUCCUGAGGCAUCAGAAGUCCCGCAAGUUUCUACUUAGCAACGUCCUCUUCGAUGUGCUCCGGUCCGUUGUAUUCUUUUACAUCAAGAGCCCCCUGCGUGUAGAGGAGGCCGGCCUGCAGGAGCUCAUUCCUACCACCUGGUGGCCGCACCGCUCCAGCAGAGAGGGCAAAGAGAGCAAGGAGGUGAGGGAAGAGACUGCAGAGGAGCGGCUGCGGCGGCGUGCCUAUGAACGGGGCUGCCAAAGGCUCAAGAAGCGUAUCGAAGUGGUAGAAGAGCUACAGGUCCAGAUCCUGAAACUGCUGUUGAACAAUAAAGAUGACAAUGGGGGUGAAGCUUCCAGGUACAUCUUCCUGACCAAGUUCCGAAAGUUUCUGCAGGAGAACGCUAGUGGCCGGGGGAACGUGCCUAUGCUCUGCCCUCCUGAGUACAUGGUCUGCUUCUUGCACCGGCUGAUCUCUGCCCUGCGCUACUACUGGGACGAAUACAAGGCUUCGAACCCCCGCGCUUCCUUCAGUGAAGAGGCCUACAUCCCACCUCAGGUCUUCUAUAAUGGCAAGGUGGACUACUUCGACCUGCAGCGUCUGGGGGGCCUCCUUUCGCACCUUCGGAAAACCCUCAAAGAUGACCUUGCUUCCAAGGCCAACAUCCUGAUCGACCCCCUGGAGCUCCAGGCGGCCACCAUGGAUGACUUGGAUGAGGAUGAGGAGCCAGCCCCAGCUGCGGCCCAGCGCCCCAUGCAGGCCCUACCCAUGGGGGGGGCACUGCCCCUGCCCCGGCCCGGCUGGCUCAGUUCCCCAACCCUGGGCCGAGCCAACCGCUUCCUCAGCACAGCGGCUGUGAGCCUCAUGACCCCACGGCGGCCUCUGAGUGCCAUGGAGAAAGUGAAGGUCCGAACGCUGAGCGUGGAGCAGAGGACCCGUGAGGACAUCGAGGGUAGCCACUGGAAUGAAGGCCUCCUGCUGGGGCGGCCACCUGAGGAACCAGAGCAGCCCCUCACUGAGAACUCACUGCUGGAAAUCCUUGACGGUGCCAUCAUGAUGUAUAAUCUCAGCGUCCACCAGCAGCUGGGCAAGAUGGUGGGCGUGUCUGAUGAUGUCAACGAGUAUGCGAUGGCUCUGAGGGACACGGAAGACAAACUCCGCCGGUGCCCCAAGGGAAGGAAGGACAUCCUUGCAGAGCUGUCUAAGAGCCAGAAGGUUUUCUCGGAAAAGCUGGACCACCUGAGCCGCCGUCUUGCCUGGGUCCAUGCCACUCUCUAUUCCCAGGAGAAGAUGCUGGACAUUUACUGGCUGUUGCGCGUCUGCCUACGGACCAUUGAGCAUGGCGACCGCACAGGCCCUCUCUUUGCCUUCAUGCCUGAGUUCUACCUGAACGUGGCCAUAAACAGCUACAGCGCCCUCAAGAAUUACUUUGGCCCUGUGCACAGCAUGGAGGAGCUUCCAGGCCCAGGUGCAGGCUUUGUCCCCAAAGACGGAGCUGUGGGGGACCAAGGGGCCUUGACUGCUGGGUCUUCAAGUGUGUGUGCUGAGAUGGGUUUGCACUCAGGCUAUGAAGAGACCCUGACCCGCCUGGCCGCCAUCCUUGCCAAACAUUUUGCUGACACACGCAUCGUAGGCACUGCAGACAUCCGUGACUCGCUGAUGCAGGCCCUGGCCAGCUAUGUGUGUUACCCACACUCCCUGCGGGCCGUGGAGCGGAUCCCUGAGGAGCAGCGCAUCGCCAUGGUGAGGAAUCUCCUGGCACCCUACGAGCAGCGGCCCUGGGCCCAGACCAACUGGAUCCUGGUGCGGCUCUGGAGGGGCUGUGGGUUCGGGUACCGCUAUACACGGCUGCCACACCUGCUGAAAACCAAACCUGAGGACGCCAAUCUGCCCAGCCUCCAGAAGCCCUGCCCCUCAACGCUGCUGCAGCAGCACAUGGCAGACCUGCUGCGCCAGGGCCCCGACGUGGCACCCAGCUUCCUCAACAGCGUCCUCAACCAGCUCAACUGGGCCUUCUCAGAGUUCAUCGGCAUGAUCCAGGAGAUCCAACAGGCGGCUGAACGUCUGGAGCGGAACUUUGUGGACAGCCGGCAGCUCAAGGUAUGUGCCACCUGCUUUGACCUCUCAGUCAGCCUGCUGCGUGUCUUGGAGAUGACCAUUACACUGGUGCCCGAGAUAUUCCUCGACUGGACCCGGCCUACCUCUGAAAUGCUGCUGCGGCGUCUUGCGCAGCUGCUGAACCAGGUGCUGAACCGGGUGACAGCUGAGAGGAACCUGUUUGACCGUGUGGUCACCCUACGGCUGCCUGGCUUGGAGAGUGUGGACCACUACCCCAUUCUGGUGGCAGUGACAGGCAUCCUGGUACAGCUCCUGGUACAUGGGCCAGCUUCAGGGAAAGAGAAAGCCACUUCUGUGCUCCUGGCUGAUCCCUGCUUCCAGCUCCGCUCCAUAUGCUAUCUCCUGGGGCAGUCAGAGCCCCCAGCACCUGGCACGGCCCUGCCUGCCCCUGACCGGAAGCACUUCUCCCUGCAGAGCUACACGGAUUACGUCAGUGCAGAAGAGCUGACCCAGGUGGAACAGAUGCUGGCACACCUGACCUCUGCAUCUGCCCAGGCAGCUGCUGCCUCUCUGCCCACCAGCGAGGAAGACCUGUGCCCCAUCUGUUACGCCCACCCCAUCUCUGCUGUGUUCCAGCCCUGCGGCCAUAAGUCCUGCAAAGCCUGCAUCGACCAGCACCUGAUGAACAAUAAGGACUGCUUCUUCUGCAAGGCCACCAUCGUGUCUGUGGAAGACUGGGAAAAAUCAGCCAAUUCAAGUACCACCUCCUCGGCUGCCUAGACCUGUCUGGUCCACACAGUCUGCGCCAUUCUGGACCCUGCACCCUCAAACCCAGCCCAGGCUGGGCCCUAUUUAUGAGCUCCUCUUGCCCUAUUCCCCAGGGUCCCCUGCUGUGUCCUCCAACCCCCAUCUUGCCUGCGUGUAGCCUCAUUGGUGGGAGCCCAGCUACAGCCCCAAUUGUGCCUGAGCUUGACUUUCAGUCAGGGCCACAGUGAGCAUUAAAUUAUUAUUCCAUACA